GUGACCGGAAGCAGCCGCUGCUCCCAGAGUGUGACAGUGUUUGUGUGAGCCAGAGACAGAGAGAGAGACUGGCAGAGGAACAGAGGCAAGAACCCCUGGUUACAAAGCUGCUAAAACAAUCAGCAGGAAGCACUCUUGUGCCUGCCGUGCAAGGGACUGGUGUCACUGCUGAUAUUAGAAGAACGAGGACGCAACCAUUAAACGGGUUCACUGAACUAUGAGCUCCAUGGAGUCUGCACCACUUCCCCCUCAAGCCUCUGAAGCCGAUGACAUUAUUCAGGGAGUGCUUACCGAGAACAAAAGUAAAUUCAAGACACCAAAUCAGAUUGGAUUUUACAGACGGCAGAAACUCCUACUCCCUGGCCAGUCUUUAUAUCACGCUCAGUUGGACACUUUUAAGAUUGAUGAUGCAGGUGCUUCCCUCAAAAUCAUUCACCAGGACACCAACGUUCCAUAUCAGCUACAAGUCAUUGCACUGAAAGGUGGUAUCGUGAGGCUGAAAAUUAAAGAGUUUUCCCCGUUGAAGACAAGAUACGAGGUCUCUGAUGUCUUAAUUAAAGAGACAGCCACUGAAAGGUUUAGUGUAUCCAAACAGGAAUCAGACAACGUGGUUUUGGACUACCAGAAUGGCCUGUAUAAGCUGCAUAUCGCCGCCCACCCGUUCUCCGUCACUGUAACACAGGAGGAAAAGGCCUUGCUCAGUAUAAAUUCCCAGGGCCUUUUGUACUUUGAGUCUGGAGUCUCAUCACCACCGGGAAGCGUGGCUACAGAAGGUGAUAUUGAUGCACCACAAGAUUCUUCCAAGGAAGAGUUCGGACUCUGGAAAGAAGAAUCUGGAGACCGUAGUCUAACGUCUGUGGGCCUUGAUUUUUCACUUCAUGGCUUCGAGCAUGUGUAUGGGAUACCGGAACAUGCAGAUACACACAGACUCCAAGACUGUGGGGACAGCGAGGUAUACCGUCUGUACAAUCUGGAUGUGUUUGGCUACAGUGUCUGUAAUAAAAUGGGGAUAUAUGGAUCUGUGCCACUGCUCUUGGCACACAAACCUUCCCACACCUGCGGGAUUUUCUGGCUCAACUCCUCGGAAACGAUGGUGGAAACACACUAUAAAGCGGCUCUGCAGACUGAAUUCUCCCAAGCUGCUCCAGUUACACGGAAGAAGAAAGCUGUGCCCAUGGUGGAUGUUAGAUGGAUGUCGGAGAGCGGAAUAGUGGACGUGUUCUUGUUAUUGGGUCCUGCUCCUCAGGAUGUGUUUAAUCAGUAUGCACAGCUCACAGGGACCCAGGCUUUUCCAACUCGCUUUUCCCUGGGCUAUCACCAGUGCCGCUGGAACUAUGAGGAUGAAGCAGACGUGGAAGCAGUGGAUUCAGGUUUUGAUGAACACCACAUCCCCUACGAUGUCAUCUGGUUAGACAUUGAACACACUGAUGGGAAGAGAUACUUCACGUGGGAUCCAGUGAAGUUCUCAGAUCCACUUCAGAUGCAGAAGAAACUACAAGAAAAGAAACGCAAGUUAGUCGUCAUUUCUGACCCUCACAUUAAAGUUGAUCCGAAUUAUUCACUGUAUGCAGAAGCCAAGGAAAAAGGCUUCUUUGUGAAGGACAGAAAUGGGGAAGACUUUGUUGGAACCUGCUGGCCAGGUUCUUCUAGUUAUCUGGACUUCACAAACCCUGCCGUCCGAGACUGGUACUCUUCUCAAUUUGCACUAGAUGCCUAUAAAGGUUCCACUGAUGCUCUUUUUGUUUGGAAUGAUAUGAAUGAGCCCUCUGUCUUUGAGUCUCCAGAGAUGACCAUGCCAAAGUAUGCAGUGCAUCACCUGAGCUGGGAGCACCGGGAUGUCCAUAAUCUCUAUGGCUUCUAUCAGCAAAUGUCCACUUCAGAGGGCUUGAUUCGGCGGUCUGGAGGUCAGGAACGACCCUUUGUACUGACAAGAUCUUUUUUUGCGGGUUCACAGAGAUAUGGUGCGGUUUGGACUGGAGACAACAAGGCAGAAUGGGAAUAUCUUAAAAUCUCGAUUCCUAUGCUUCUCUCCCUUAGUGUGGCCGGUAUUUCCUUCUGUGGAGCUGAUAUUGGCGGCUUUGUUGGUGACCCAGAACCUGAGCUCCUUGUCCGAUGGUAUCAGGCUGGCUCCUUCCAACCAUUUUUUCGUGCUCACGCUAUUCGUGACAGCAAGCGCCGUGAGCCCUGGCUAUUUGGUGAAGGCAAUACUUUGUUGAUAAGGAACUCAAUAGAGGAGCGAUACACUUUGCUUCCAUACUUGUACCUACUCUUUUACCGGGCACAUGUGUCUGCUGAACUGGUGAUGAGACCCUUUUGGGUAGAAUUUCCCAAGAAUCCGGAAACAUUUGGAGUGGAGACCCAGUACAUGUUAGGUAGUGCUCUGAUGGUUGCCCCAGUUUUGGUUCCUGGAGUUUCUUCUUUAGAUGUGCUGUUUCCUGGCCCUAAAGAGCUCUGGUAUAACUUCAGAAAUUACAAGUGCAUCAAGGGGCAGCGUAAACAGAAAGUGGGUGUAACACUGGACGAGAUCCCAGUUUAUCAACGAGGUGGCUCCAUCAUUCCCAUGCACACAGCUGUAGGCAAGUCAACAGGCUGGAUGGAGGAAACACCAUAUAAGCUGCAUGUUGCUUUGAACUCAAAGGGUUCAGCUUCAGGAGAGCUCUAUGUAGAUGAUGGACAUUCCUUCAAGUAUCAGCACGAUCGAAUGUUCAUUUACAGGCAUUUUACUUUCCAGAAAAAUGUCCUGUCAUGCAAGUCUGCCAAAAACACGGGGCAUUUUUCUAGAGAGUGUAUCCUGAAGAAGGUGCUGGUAAUGGGUCUAAAGAAAAUGCCUUCUGAGGUCAACAUCAUCAGUCCAGGAAAGGAGAAGACACAAGUGACCUUCACCUACAGCCACAAGCUGGGUCUUCUGACCAUGGAGAGUCUUUCUCUGGAUGCAUCUGCUGACUGGGAGAUUCAUAUUGUCAGCUCCUGUUAAAGACUCUAAUGUUCAAAGAUGUCGCUGCUGCUUUUUUCUUUGAAAUUAUAUUUUUUAAAGUAAUUUUAACAAGAUGUAAUCAAUUAUUUUUUACGUU